CGAACGAAAAUAGAUUAUUUACUAGGUAUGCUGUUAAUGUGGAGCAAACGACAUAUUUCUCGGGGUAAAAAUGCUUCAAAAGUCAUUUUUUAAUCUUGACUUGACCGUCAAUCCGUUAUUCAUGCUCAAAAGUUCAGCGUGCCUUCUAUUUACAAUUAAUAAAGAUUCCAUAAAAAGAUUUUUUACGUUGCUAAUAGAUAUCGACAAUGCUAUUAGAUAUCGACAAUGCUUUGAGGUGAAAUAGAACAUUCAGUUCCUUUUCAUUUAUCCAAUGACGAUGAAAGAGGGCACCCGUUCAUCAUUCAUUUCUUGAGGCUGACAUCAUAUUUACGAAAACAAAUAGUGCUUAAGUAAUAUUGCAAAAGGGACCUAUUAUAACAGUUAUCAUUGACAGUAUACGGGCAAGAAAAUAACAAGACCCCACCGAAAAAAGGACAUGACGCUGACAGCUUUUGCUGACUGGAAACUUCAACUAAUGGUGAUGCUGGCAUUUCCAUUAUCAACAUUGUCAAUCUCAUGCAGCUCUAGAUUUCACUGCAAAACGCCUGAAAUCAAAUACAUCAGCAUGGAUAAACUGACAAAUAUGACCUUGAAUGGAACAGUGCUUAAGUCAUUCCAAGCAAAGGACAUUUCAGAAUGCCAGAGAUCUUGCCUCCAUGAAGAAAAAUGCCAGUCACUGAAUGUCAAUAUCAGUACAGCGAUUGGCCUGACAUGCGACCUUUUGGACAUCAAUAUCUAUAGCAAUUCGUCGCUUCUUCUUCAGCAAAGUGGAUCCGUUCACCUCUUUAUUCCGAAUAAGUGCAAGAAUAAACCAUGCAAGAACAAUGCAGUAUGUGUGCCCAACUAUCAGAACGACUCCUACAGCUGCGAAUGUAAAUCGAAUGGAACAUGGAUAACGAAAGGGCUUCAUUGUGAAACAAUACUAAAUGGAUAUUCCAGUGCCUUUGUUUACUGGUCAUUCGACGAUCCAGCAAGCCUUGCCCCCUUGACAAGCACAAACUUGGACAUGUCAUCAUAUGUAGCAUCAUCAUGGACUCCGGUCUCGGAACCAGGUCGAAGACAUCCGGUUGUAAAAUGCAAUGUGCCAGGCCGUGCGCCUCCUUGCAUGUAUAUUAAGUCAAAUGUACCAUGCCUUCAAUCGAAAAGUGAUGGAAAGUUUACUUUCGCUGCUUCCAUUUCGUUAAGCAAACGAUGGAUUAUUGACGGUUUUGGAGGAGCUGUUGUGAAGACAAACUGGAAUCAGUUAACUUUUACAGUGGAUGAUAAUGCAGAAAGUUGUGCCUUUGUCAACGGAGUGAAAGAUGCCUGCCAGUCAACCCAUGCUUCGGUCUCCUUGACUGAUUUGCAAUCCA